GUAACAAAACAGACCAACAAUCCACCUGCCCAGCAAUCUUUACCGGCCCGUACGGUAUAAGUGUGCCAGUGGGAGAGUAUGGGGUCGUUCUCAUGGUCGCGAGCGGCUUCGGUAUUGCCGCACAGCUGCCGUACUUGAAGCGGCUCUUACAUGGCUAUAAUAGCCGUAGAAUUCGGACACGCAGGAUACACUUGGUGUGGAAGCUGAAAUCACCCGACUUACCGCUUGCUAUUGAACGACUGCUCAACAACGCCCUCGACGAUGACACCUUGGAUGACGGUUAUAUCCUUCAAAUAUCCGUCUAUGUUGAGCACGUGAAGCGAGAUGAUAAGAUUAGUCCUCGCGCCAAUGUCAUCAAGGGUCUGCCUCAUUGGGGUACUAUUCUACGCGAUGAGGUGGCAGGCAAGUAUAUUAAGCGGGUUCAAGAAGAAGCCAAGGUUCGUGAGGACAUGAUCGUCACUGUUUCGGCGUCGUUGGAAGUCAGGACCGACCUGCGAAGCGUCGUGCGAGGGUAUAUAGCAGAGAAGGUGGAGUUGGUGGAGUUGGAUUACCAGCCAUGUCAAUAGAGUUCAGGACGCACACAACUGAUAGUACUUGGCAGAGUUGGUGCCGGCGAUGCAUGCUGUUGAAUGAUUUCCAGCCCGGGCCAUAAAGCCAUGUAGUAGCAAUCAUGAGUACUAAUAUUAGCC